AUGUAAUUUUCUCAUAAAAACAGAGUGUUUAUUAAGCAAUAAUCUUUAGAUUAAAGUGAAAAUAAUGGAUAAUAGUAAAAUACAUUAGAAUAAGACUUAAUUGAAUUAGGAUUUUAGACUGGUCAAAUACUCUUUGUUCCAAGAAUUGAGUCCUAAAAAAUGUUAAUGCAGACAAUAAUUGUCAAAGUUAAUAUAGUUCUUAAUUUAGGAUACUUAAAACAAAAGUGUUCAUGUGAAUUUAAAUCCUCAAACAAUAAGAAAAGUGAAAUUAUAUUUAAGCAAUUAAGUAUAAAAUAGAAAAUUAGUUCCACAACAUGAUUAACAUGAUGUAGUUAUCUAAAUAUAUAUAUAGAUUAAUUAAGAUAAAUUUAUUUGUAGAAUCUGUUUAGAAGAUGGAUAGACAAGCGUAUUUAUCAAACCUUGUGAAUGUAAAGGUUCUAUUCAGUAUGUUCAUGAAGAUUGCUUAAAAACUUGGCUCUUAAGAAAUCAUAAAAUCGACGAAAUAGCUGGCAGUAGAGUAAUUUUUUUAAAAUUCAUUUUAGGUAUUUUGUGAAUUAUGCAAAAAAACAUUUCACUGUGAAGUGUAAUUUUAAUAAAAAUACGAAUUUUCAUAGCUGUUAAGAAUUCCUAUAAAUUAAAAAUAUUGUUUGCUUGGCUUUUUUAUUUUAAGUCUUUUUUUAUAUGGAUUAGGAAUUACCCUUGCAGCUAUUAUGUAUUAAAAUGAGAAUUUUAUUGUUGCGUGUAUAAUUGGAAUUGUUCUUAGCUUUUUUAUUGGAUUAAUCAUAUAAAUUCUUUUGUUUGCUUUAGUUUUUGAAAUUAUCUCAAUUACUAAAGUGUAAAAAUGGAAUAUAAAUGAAUAUAAAAUUGUUCAAUAAUAGUUUAAAUUAAGAAUAGAUAAAAAAAAAAUAAAAAAAUCAAAUUCAGCUCCUGUAUUGACUUUCAAAGAAGAAUUUGUAAUCAAAAUUUUGACAAAGCAACAAACUAAUCUUGAAAAAUUUUCUUGA